AUGGAGGUCGAUCGUUCCCGGACACGGAGGGAGAGGACUUUUAUCGGCAGCGAAUGUGCCGUCUGCGAGGAGCCGCUCGAGCAUACCUUGCGUGGAGAGCGGGUCCUUCAGUUCUCCUGCAGCCAUGUCUCCCAUGAGGCGUGCUUCUACGAGUUUAUUCGGGAGUUUGAGUCGCAAUACUGCCCGACAUGCAAUGCUCCUUUAGGAUUGGAUACGAGUCGAGGUGGAAAUGUCUUGGAUAUCGAAAAGAUCAGCAACAUUGUGCGCUCAGUAACUAUGAGCGAUACGGCCACAACGAGGAGUGGCCUGACCAACCCAACCCCAGCCCCGUGGGAACAACAGUCGAUUCGGCGACCGCCCAGCGAGACGGGCAGCCGUUACAACAACGCACAAUCCACCUAUAGCCGACGUGAUAGUCGCGAUACCACUGGCCAGCGGGAACGGGUCGAACGGCUAACUGCAGGCGCAGCCUCAGCCAUUUCUGACCCUCGUCAGCGUCAACCACACUCUCGGAAUGGCAGCGCGGCCGGCUCGUCGGGCGACUACCACGAUGGUCAGCAUACCAGCAGCGGGCGACGUCACGACUACGAUGUACAGGCUAUGGAAUCAGACUUGAGUCCUCGCCCCGGUGUCACCAAGAACCCUAUCCCGGCACCGAUUGUCACCGUGCGAAGCGAGUUCCCUACGAUGAACCGAUCCCGCCAACAGCAAACCCUGACAUGUUUGAUCACGGUGGAGGUACCGGAGGGCAAUUGGCGCCCAGACGCGGACGACCUUCGACACCCGCCCUCGGGCCAAUCCCAGCUCGAUGAGCCAUAUACGGGGCGAUUUGGAGGCUCACAAGACGCUCGGUCUAUUCAGUACGAGCCGGUGGAGAACCUGGAUGAGAUUGCGGAGGAUCUGCGGAACCGGGUCGACAAUUGGCAUGGCCUUGAGUUCCAACGGUUUGGCAAGUUGCGAUUGCAUGGGCAAAUGCGCGUGGGCAAGGACCGGGAAUCCUGGCAGGAGUUGGAAUGCUACUUGUUCGCGGAGAUGCUUAUCUGCGUCAAGGAGAAGAAGAUUCCCGAGUCUCACCAAUACGAUGAGAAGCGCAAGCCCACUCGCUGCACCCUCAAGGGUUCCAUCCUGAUCAAGAAGCACUUGAAGUCCAUCGAUGCUGGCUCUGAUGAACCAAUCCUCUCUCUUAACCUUUCCGUCAGCGAACUCCCCUGCUUCUACCUGCGUUUCCACAACCGUCAGCAACUGGAGACGUGGCACCGUGCAUUGACGAACCUCCACCAGGUGGAAAACGUGUCUCGACAACAUAAUGAUUUUGAUUACGAGCACUUGGGCGCCGAGGAGGAGGAUUACCGGACCAGUCGUAUCCAGCGACAGGCAUCUCUCAACUCAUCAUAUGGCGCGGGCAAAUCGAAUAACACCGCCAUCACCGAUUAUACCAACCCCGAUACGGAGAAAACUUCUAUCGAUUCAUUCCACAUUCCGCUUGAUCUCGUCGUGGUCAUUCCCGUCUCUUCGUCGAUGCAGGGAUUGAAGAUUACGCUUCUGCGUGAUGCUCUGAAGUUCCUGGUACAGAAUCUGGGCUCGCGGGAUCGGAUGGGCUUGGUUACGUUCGGCUCGAGCGGUGGUGGCGUGCCUCUUGUGGGUAUGACUACCAAGUCUUGGAAUGGAUGGAACAAGGUUCUCGAUUCGAUUCGUCCUGUCGGCCAGAAGAGUCUGCGCGCGGAUGUGGUGGAGGGUGCGAACGUGGCCAUGGAUUUGCUCAUGCAGCGCAAAUUCAACAACCCCGUCUCAACUAUUCUCCUGAUUAGCGACUCGUCUACCUCUGACCCCGAAAGUGUUGACUUUGUUGUCUCUCGCGCCGAGGCUGCCAAGGUCAGCAUCCACUCGUUCGGCCUUGGACUGACCCACAAGCCGGAUACCAUGAUCGAGCUCUCAACUCGUACUAAGGGAUCUUAUCUCUAUGUCAAGGACUGGAUGAUGCUUCGCGAGUGUGUUGCGGGAUGCUUGGGUGCUAUUCAGACCACUUCUCACCAAAAUGUCAAGCUGAAGCUUCGUCUGCCCGAGGGCUCACCGGCCAAAUUUGUUAAGAUCAGUGGCGCCCUUCACACGACGAAGCGCGCGACUGGUCGGGACGCCGAGGCUGCAUUAGGAGAUCUCCGAUUUGGUGACAAGCGUGACGUCUUGGUACAGCUGGUCAUUCAGCCUGACAAUGCUACGCAAGACAACAUGCCCCAGGACCCAUGGGAGAGCUUGGUUUCUGGAUUGGAGGCCCUAGGCGGGGGACUUGAUGGUGAUGAACAGCGAGUGCUGAGCGUCGAGGAGGUUCCGUUGAUUCAGGCUGACUUGACGUACGGCGAUCUUCUUCGCGAUGGCCAUCUGACCCACUCGCCGCGUCCUUCACUGCUUGCUAUCACUAUGCUUCCGCCGAACCCCAAGUCUCGGAACCAACGACCCUCUACCCCUCCUAUUCCCCCUCACCCGUCUAUCGUGCAGCGCCGCAUGGAGCUGCUCACAUCCGACAUGUUGACUCGGGCACUUACCCUCGUCUCUCGCGGGCAACACGAUCGUGGCCAACACCUUCUGCACGAGACUCGCAGUAUCCUCAAGGGUCUGGGCAAGGGUGGCUUGCCUCCUUUGCCACCCGCAGCCCCCCGACCUUCAGGUACUAGCGACGCCGGCAGCCGAGGCGACACGCCAACCUCGAGCUCCCCCAAGUCCUCUACUUUUGCGGAAAGCCAUGCUUCUUCCGCGUCCGAAACCGCUACUAUUACACCCUCAUCUGCCGUCGACGCACAGACUAUGAAUGCGCUCAACGCGGAUCUGGACUCUGCUCUCGAGUGGAUCAACCACCCUGCUGUCUUUGGUCGCGACUCUCGCAAGGCCGUGCUGCAGAGUAUCGGUGUGAUUUCCUCGCAGCGUGCUUAUACAUUCCGUACACCCUCGGAAGCACACUGGGCUCAGCGGAUCUCUGGUGUGCGCCGUCUGACGAAUAAGUCCAAGGAUUGGCGAGAGAUGGGUGAUGAUGCUUUGACUGAAGAGUAA